AUGGCUGCAGCUUUUCAGCAUUUCCUUCUAAUUUUGGCCUUUUUGGAUAUACAUGCACCUCAGCCUUUCUGUGUGCAAGGAUGUACCUGCUCAGUGGAGAGUUUUGGCAGGACUCUGCUGUGCAUGUCUACCCCUCUGGAAAAAAUACCAGGCACACUUUCUGAGGAGUUCAAGCAAGUGAGAAUUGAAAAAUCACCCUUAUUUGAACUCUCCUGAAACUCUUUCACCAAUAUGAGCACCUUGGAAUAUCUUUGGUUGAACUUUAACAAUGUCACUGUAAUCCAGCUAGGAGCCCUGCAACACUUGCAGGAACUCAGAGAGGUGAGACUGGAGAGGAAUCAACUCCGGUCGGUACCAUGGACAGAGUUCAGCACCACCCCUCUCCUGAAAGCACUUGAUCUGAAACACAACCGGAUUGAUGUACUUCUGGAGCAGGCUCUUCAGUUCCUGGUCAACCUGACCUACUUUGACCUGCCCUCCAAUAGACUGACUGUUGUAUCCAGCAAUGUCUUUGUGAACUUGCUGACCUACCAGAAAUGUUGGAGACCUGUGUGUGGGGCUGAGUUUUUCUCUAGCAUGGUGCUGGCACUACACAACAACCCCUGGGAAUGUGACUGUCGACUAAGGGGACUUAUUCAGUUUGUGAAGUCUAUUACCUUCCCAAUCACCCUGGUGAACUCCUACCUGAUAUGCCAGGGCUCUUUCUCAAAGGCAGGGCACUGUUUUCAUCAGACUGAGCCCAGUGUUUGCAUGAAGCCAAAGAUCUCAGCCUCCAGUGCCAGUUUCACCAUUCAGGCAGGACAGAAGUUGACGCUACAGUGCUUGGCCCAGGCCAACCCCUCACCAACCAUUACAUGGUCUUAUCCCCUGAGCAUGUGGAGAGAAUUUGAUGCGUUGACCUCGUCCGCUAUGGAAGAUGCUGCCCUGUCCGAGCUGGUCAUCACGGCUGUGCACCUGGUGGACAGAGGCAACUACGCUUGCGUGGAUACCAACGCUGUGGGCCGCAGCUCCCGCGCCAUCCCCCUGAGAGUCCAGCCGGCCCGCCCACCCACGGCCUCUGCUCCUUCCACCUCCCACGUGGACCUGCCCGUGGCCAAGCACACAGGGCUCAGGGUCCUGCUGGAGUGGCUCACGGGGGCCCGCACCCCUGAGGAGCUGGGCUUCACGCUGCUCAUCGCCUCAGACGAAGCCGGCUGGAAGGAGGUGGUACACCUCGGCCCCGGAAUCCACUCCUACGCGGUGGACGACCUCCUCCCCGGCCUCAAGUACGAGGUGUGCCUUAGCCCAGGCACCCAGCGCCCUCGCCGAGGCCCAUGCAUGAUCUUCGUGACCAGCAAGGAUGGCGGUGGGAUGGAGGGCCGAGGGCGCCUUCUGCACGUAAUGGUGGUGCUGUGUGUGGUGCUGCUGGCCUUGCCUCAGGAGACCCCCCCCGCCCGGAUAUCCCUAGGCAGGGCCACAGUGCAAAGACGACUGCUUUAG